CAUUGUAGCUUAACAGGUUUAAUACACACAUUAACGUAUUGGUAAUUACAAUCUUACAGGUUUCUUCACACAAAGGGUUGAUCACAUCCACCCAUAACGGCCACACAAGAAACGGGCGAGUAACAGACACAUCUUGACGGCUUUAAUGCAAAAUAGUUUUAUAAUCAUGUUUCCACUGCGUCUAUUCUCAGGAUUUAUGACCCUCGCCUUAUGUGCCUCACGUCAGUAUGUCUUUGUGAAUGAAUCCAAGACAUGGACAGAAGCUCAGAGUUACUGUAGAGAGAAAUACACUGAUCUGGCAACCAUUGAAAAUGAACAAGAGACGAUCCAGUUACUCAACAUGAUGGAUGACCACAAUGAUCUGGCCUGGAUUGGACUUUAUGAUGAUAUGAACAGUUGGAAAUGGACUCUAGAGGACACCGAUUUCUUUAAAGAGGCAGAUAAACAGUUCAGAAACUGGCAUAACCCGGGACCAGGAAAUUAUGGAGGACAAAAUCUCUGUGUGUAUAUUAACGAUGGGAUAUGGAUUGCAAUAAGAUGCAAUUCACAACUUCCUUUCAUUUGCUAUGAUGGAGGAGUAAAUGCUAGUUCUAGUUAUGUCAGUGUUUAUCAGUAUAAAAACUGGACCGAAGCUCAGAGUUACUGCAGAGAGCAUCACACAGACCUUGUCAGUAUCAGGAAUGAGACUGAAAACCAGAAGAUACAAAUUUUAAUGCAGGACAAUGGUCCUGCUUGGAUUGGUCUGUACAGAAGCAGAUCUUGGUCGGAUCAAAGUAACUCUUCAUUCAAUAACUGGAUGCCAGAACAGCCAGAUAAUGCUGGAGGCAGUGAAUUCUGCACUGUUGUGUCAUUGAGGGACUCUGGAAAAUGGACAGAUGAAAACUGCCUUCGUAGGUUUCCUUUCCUUUGCUACAAUGUGUCGUCUUUGGCAUCAUCCCGUCAGUAUCACUUUAUAUCUGUGAAUAAGACCUGGUCUGAAGCUCAGAGACACUGCAGAGAGAAUUACACUGAUCUGGCCACCAUUGAUAACAUGGAUGAUAUGUACAGACUGAUCAAAACAGUUAAUGGGAGUUACAAUGGAUCAGCGUGGAUUGGACUGUAUGAUGAUCUGAACAGCUGGAGAUGGUCACUGGAAAACAAUGAUUUCUAUCAGAAAGGAGAGAGAGACUUCAGAAACUGGUAUCAUGAACCAGACAAUAAUGGGGGGAAGGAAUUAUGUGUUUAUAUGAAGACAGAUGAUGGGACUUGGUUUGAUUCAAUAUGUGACAUCAUGCUGUCAUUUAUUUGCUAUGAUGGUAGAGAGAAUGCCACAGAGAGAUACAUCACAAUCACUGAGAAGAAGACUUGGACAGAAGCUCAGAAAUACUGCAAAGAACAUUACACAGAUCUGGUCGGCAUAAGAAACCUAACCGAGAAUCGGAGAUUGCUUCAAGGCGCAGAUGCCAUGAUCUGGAUCGGCCUGUACAGAAACAGGAUUUGGUCAGACCAACGUAUUUCCAAUUAUCAGAACUGGAGACCAGGAAGUAACAGACGUGAGUUCAUCUCAAGAGCACUUGGGUUCAAGAGUGGUUUUCAGACAUGUACUGCUGUUUCAAUAGGCCAGUUGGGUGGAUGGACAUAUGAGAGUUGUGUAUCCAUCAAGCCUUUCUUUUGCUACAGCAAAGGUACAGUAAGUCCCCAUCAAUAUCACUUUAUAUCUGAGUCUAAGAGCUGGUUUGAAGCUCAGAGAUACUGCAGGGAGAAUUACAUUGAUCUGGCCACCAUUGAAAACAAAGCGGAAAUGAACAAGCUCUUUAAAACAGUUCGGGGGAUUUACUCUGAUUCGGCGUGGAUUGGACUGUAUGAUGAUAUGAACAGCUGGAGAUGGUCGCUGGGAAACACAGAGUUAGGAGGAGGUUUUAAAAGUUGGAAUGUCCAAGAGCCAAUAAACGGGUAUGGACAGAGUCUAUGCGUGUUCAUGUCAUACCAGGCAAUAUGGUAUCAAACCAUUUGCUCCAAUAAGGCUCCUUUUAUUUGCUAUGAUGCAAGACAGAAUGCCAGUGCGAGUUAUGUGUAUGUUUAUGAUGCCAAAAACUGGACGGAAGCUCAGAGUUACUGCAGAGAGCAUCACACAGACCUAGUCAGUAUCAGGAACGAGACUGAAAACCAGAAGAUCCUGUCUUUUUUUGAGAGUUAUCAUUUGAGAGUUUGGAUUGGUUUGUACAGACAGAGAUCUUGGGCAGAUCAGAGUAACAGCUGGAGAUGGUCACUGGAAAACAAUGAUUUCUAUCAGGAAGGAGAGAAAGACUUCAGAAACUGGUAUCAUCAACCAGACAAUUAUGGGGGGAAUGAGCUGUGUGUUUAUAUGGAUGCAAAUGACGGAACCUGGUUUGAUGUCUCAUGUGACAGUUUUUUCAUUUUUCUUUGUUAUGAUGACAGGAAAAAUGCCUCUCAGAAGUACGUUUUGGUGUAUCAGGAAAAGACCUGGAGUGAAGCGCGGAGAUACUGCAGAGAGUUUUACACAGAUCUGGCCAGCAAACAAACUGUGGUCAGAUCAGAGCAACUCCUCCUUCACAUACUCGAUGCUAUGGACAACAAAUCUGGCUCCAGAACCAGAUAAUGGUUUAUCUGUAGGUCAGGCUGGGAUUCAACAUUGCACUGCUGUGUCUUUAGAGUAUUUUGGGUACUGGACAGAUGAGCGAUGCUCUGACCGUUUGCCUUUCUUCUGUU